AUGGAGCAUGCAGUCCAUCAGGGGAGACAUGUGGAAGAAGUAGAUUUUAGUGGAGUAAAUAAGGACUCCGGCAACUCCAGUCAGCCCUCGGUCCGUUGGGGCACGCGGCGCGGGAAGCGGAACUUAAGUACCAAAGGGUCGGGCUUCCGGGGUAGCGGGCCCGCAAGUGCGGCGCACCUUCAAGAUGGCGGCAGGCCUGAGGAAACGCGGCCGGGCAGGUCCCACAGCUCGGGCGGUGGGACUGUGCGGGCAGUGGCUGCGGCGCGCCUGGCAAGAGCGGCGCCUACUGCUGCUGGAACCGCGCUAUACGCUGAAGGUGGCCGCCUGCCUCUGCCUGGCGGAGAUACAGAGAUUGAUUGGAAAGCCUACAUGGCUGAGGUGGAGGGCGUCAUCAAUGGCACCUAUGACUAUACUCAACUGCGGGGUGACACUGGACCUCUUGUGUACCCAGCUGGCUUUGUGUACAUCUUCAUGGGGCUAUACUAUGCCACUGGCCGGGGCACUGACAUCCGCAUGGCCCAGCACAUCUUCGCUGUGCUCUACCUGGCCACUUUGCUGCUUGUCUUCUUGAUUUACCACCAGACCUGCAAGGUACCUCCCUUCGUCUUUUUCUUCAUGUGCUGUGCCUCUUACCGUGUCCACUCCAUCUUUGUGCUGCGGCUCUUCAACGAUCCAGUGGCCAUGGUGCUGCUCUUCCUCAGUAUCAACCUCCUGCUGGCCCAGCGCUGGAGCUGGGGCUGCUGCUGUUUCAGCCUGGCAGUCUCUGUGAAGAUGAAUGUGCUGCUCUUCGCCCCUGGGUUACUCUUCCUUCUCCUCAGGCAAUUUGGCCUCCGUGGGGCCCUCCCCAAGCUGGGCAUCUGUGCUGUCCUUCAGGUGGUGCUGGGGCUACCCUUCCUGCUGGAGAACCCCGUCGGCUAUGUAUCCCGCUCCUUUGACCUUGGCCGCCAGUUUCUCUUCCACUGGACAGUGAACUGGCGCUUCCUCCCCGAGGCCCUCUUCCUGCAUCGUGCCUUCCACCUGGCACUUUUGACUGCCCACCUCACCCUGCUCUUGCUCUUUGCCCUCUGCAGGUGGCACAGGACAGGGGAAAGUAUCCUGUCACUGCUGAAGGAUCCCUCCAAAAGGAAGGUUCCACUCCAGCCCCUCACACCCAACCAGAUUGUUUCUGCCCUCUUCACCUCCAACUUCAUUGGCAUCUGCUUCAGCCGCUCCCUUCACUACCAGUUCUACGUCUGGUAUUUCCACACACUGCCCUACCUCCUGUGGGCCACGCCUGCACGCUGGCUCACACACCUGCUCAGGUUGCUGGUGCUGGGGCUCAUUGAGCUCUCCUGGAACACAUACCCAUCCACGUCCUGCAGCUCUGGUGCCCUGCACAUGUGCCAUGCUGUCAUCCUGCUGCAGCUCUGGCUGGGCCCCCAGCCUUUCCCCAAGAGCAUCCAGCACAGCAAGAAAGCCCACUGAGAUCCAUCGCUUCCCCUCCAGUCUAUUCUCAGGACCCUGGAUGGGGAUGGACUGUGUGCCCUUCCCAAUAAACUUUAUGAAGUCCACUUCUGUGCAGCCUACAUGGAGGUACCUGGACCAAGCUGUGAGGGACAGGCACGCAGCAGAUAAAGAACUCAUUCAGACAGU